AUGCCUGUGCUUCCCAACGAGCGUCCAGGCCGUCUGGCUCUUCAGCAGGGCUGGGGGAUUCUCAGCAAAUACGCGUCCUUCAUUGGUCCAGGUAUUAUGGUCUCCGUUGCAUACAUGGAUCCCGGCAACUAUUCCACGGCAGUUUCGUCAGGUGCUGAUUACGAGUACAGUUUGUUGAUUAUAAUUUUCCUCAGCAACUUGUUCGCUGUUGUUUUGCAGUGUCUAUGUGUCAAGUUGGGUACCGUGACUGGGCUUGAUUUGGCUGAGAUGUGCCGUUUGAAUUUGCCCUGGUGGCUUAACUUGUUCUUGUACGCCUGUGCUGAGAUCGCCAUUAUUGCGACUGAUUUGGCAGAAGUUGUGGGAACUGCUAUUGCAUUAGAGAUCCUUUUUGGUAUUCCACUCGUUUAUGGCGUUCUAAUUACGGUUUUAGACGUGCUUAUAAUCUUGUUGGCGUAUCACAAGGACGGAAACUUGCGUCAGACAAGAACAUUCGAGAUAAUGGUUGCAAUGUUGGUUGCUGCUACGUGCGUGUGUUUUAUUGUCGAGCUUUUCAAGUGUGACUUUGAGCCUGGUUCUUUUGGCAAAAUCGUCGAAGGUUUCUUGCCUGUGAAUUUGGGUGUGUUCACCGAGUCUCGGGCAUUAUUCUUGAGUUGUGGUAUCGUUGGAAGCACUGUCAUGCCACACUCAUUAUAUCUUGGAUCAUCAUUGGUUCAGUCCCGGUUGAAGGAUUAUGAUAUCAAAAAUGGCAACGUUGACGUCAACGACGAAGGCGAAAUAAACCUACCAGCGGAGGAGCAAAGCAUCCAUUUGGCUCCAGCCCAGAAUAAGUUCCUUGCAAUGUCCGAUGGAUCCAGCCUCGCCAGGAAGUAUCGUCCUUCUCAUGCUGCAAUCAAGUAUUGUUUGAAUUACUCGUAUACUGAGUUGGUUCUCUCAUUAUUUAUCAUUGCAGUAUUUGUGAACGCGUCAAUAUUGAUUGUGGCAGGAUCCACAUUAUACGGCAAGCCUGAUGCUGAUGACGCUGAUUUGUUGUCCAUCUACGAAAUGUUGUCUCACUACAUUUCUCCAGCCGCUGGUUUGAUUUUUGCAUUAUCCAUGCUUUUCUCGGGGCAAAGUGCUGGUAUCGUUUGUACCAUGGCAGGUCAGAUUAUCUCAGAGGGAUUCAUUAACUGGUCCUUCAAGCCUUGGCUUCGUCGUAUCAUUACAAGAGUUUUGGCGAUCAUUCCAGUGUUGAUUGUCAUCAUUAUUUUAGGUCGCGAGGGUGUGGCUACAAUCAUGAACUCUUCUCAAGUUGUUUUGAGUUUUAUUCUUCCAGUCGUCAGUGCUCCAUUGAUAUGGUUCACUGCUAGCCGUAAGUAUAUGGCUGUCAGUGACAUCAGAUCUGGUCAAGCUGACGAGCAAACGGCGUUAUUAUCAGAAGGUGAGGGGGCGAGCGAUUCUUCGCAAAAAGUUGUGUUUUUCGAGAAUAGUAAGUGGUUGAAUGUGGCAGCUAUUGGCACAUGGCUCAUUAUUACGUUCUUGAACAUCUAUUUGGUGUACCUCUUUUCCAUUGGUAUUGAGGUUUGA